AAUCUGGAAAAUACUGAGACGAGAAAAGAGAGAGAAAAACUUUGUCAGACUUUCUUCAGUCAGCAGAUGAAGCUGUAAAAGCAUCUGUUUUGACAAAAUGUUGAACUCCUCCGCAGGAGCAAAAGCCGCUUCCAGCUCAGCGGGACUCCGCGCCGCCGCCGCCGCGGUCUGUCUGCUCGUCACCGGGACGAUCGUCUUGUCUGUCGGCCGUCCGAGCAGCCGAGACGCGGAGGGACGCGAAGGUGCCGCUCCGGACAGGAAGGUUCUCUCCUUGUAUUUCGGUAAAUUAAGCCGGGAGAGGAGAUCGAUACGCCGGGCUCGGCGGGGCGAAACCCACCUCGGGCCCGUGGAGCAGCUUUCCCCGGGAGACGUGUUCGUGGCGGUGAAGAGCACCGGCAGGUUCCACGACGAGCGGCUGCAGCUGCUGCUGGACACCUGGAUGUCCAGACACCAAGAACAGACAUACGUGUUCACUGAAGGAAAUGAUGAAAAGCUGAGGAAAAGGAUGGGAUCCCACUUGAUCAACACCAACUGUUCGGCGAGCCACAACCGCCAGGCUCUCUCCUGUAAAAUGGCUCAGGAAUACGACACAUUCCUGACAACUAGCAAGAAGUGGUUCUGUCACGUUGAUGAUGACAACUACUUGAACGUUGGCGCCCUCCUGAAGCUCUUGUCUCAGUACAGCCACAAGCAGGACGUUUACAUCGGACGGCCGAGCCUGGAGCGACCAACCGAGGCCACAGAGAGACUCGGCACCUUCCAAACGAAGCAGGUGCGAUUCUGGUUCGCCACAGGAGGAGCAGGAUUCUGUCUGAGCCGCGGCCUGGCACUUAAAAUGAAACCAUGGGCGAGCGAUGGCGCUUUCAUGCAAACAGCUGAACGCAUUCACCUCCCAGACGACUGCACUGUGGGCUACAUCGUCGAGGCGCUGCUUGGGGUUAGCCUAACCCGGUCAGCACUGUUCCACUCUCACCUGGAGAACCUGGGACUGGUGUUAUACAUACACAAACAGGUGACUCUUAGCUACGGCACCAUCGAAAACAGAAGCAACACUGUCAGUCUGAACGGACCGUUUUCCUUAGAUGAAGACCCUACGAGGUUCAGGUCUGUCCAUUGUCAGCUGUACCCCGACACUCCUUGGUGCCUGCAGCAACUUUAAAGCCAUCCAGAGAUGCUGCUGGAGGAAAACAUGUCUGAAGAAACUCGAUUUUCUCCAGUGGAGAAGGAAAUUGGUCUUGGUGUGCAGGAUGAAGCAAUAGAGUCCCUGCACUGGAAAAGGUCAUGUCAUGUUUGUUUAGAAAACCCCAAAAAUCAUAAAAAUGCCUCAUUGGGCUUUGGAGUUCUACAACAGAGGACAAACAUUCUUCUCGCUGCCUUAAUGUCCUGUUGCUUAUGGAGUUGGAGACUGGCUGGUCAGGAUGGAAGGAGGCUUGAUGACCUCAACUGUGAACCUGAGUAGUGCUGCAGAGUAUGAAAGUACAAAAACCUGCAUCAAUAAGAAAACAAGUGCAUCCUGCAGAGCACGUAGCUCAGUGGACGAUGAGCUGGAAAUAUGUAGACUUUAGUUCGAAUCCUGCUUGUGCUACCUGUCUGUGUCCUUGGAUAAGUCACUUAAUCUGCAUUGUCUUAGUUGACCCAGCUGUAAAAAUUGGUACUGGAAUUGGCUGGGGAAGUAAAUGUGAGGCAUCAUUGUAAAGCACUUUGAACAUCUGUUAGAUGGAAACGCUGCAGAAAUAGUCCUUCUUCUUCAACAGUUGAAAAGUGACACAUCUGACAUGGAUGCAAGUCAUAUACGACUCUUUAACCUGGUAUACACAGAAAUGUUGGAUGCACACCAGACAAACACUCUGUGACGUUACCCAUAGGUCUUCUGGAGAACGCCACUGGAGCAGUGCUACGUCACCAUCUUGGCAGUGCCUGACUCCAUCUAACUGUUGGCCAGCUCAUGUUUGCGUGGGUUCUCUCUGGGUGCUCUGGCUUCCUCCCACAUCCAAAGACAUGCAGGUUAGAUGGACUGGAAACUUUAAAUUGUCCGUAGGUGUGUGUGUGCAGGUAUGAAUGUGUUUGUUUGUCUGUAUGUGGCCCUGUGAUAGUCUGGCGUCAUGUCCAGAGUGAACCCUGCCUCACUCCCUGUGACUGCUGGGAUAGGCCCCAGCUGCCCUGUGACCCUUAAAUGGAGUAAGGGGUUGAAGAUGA